GAGUGGGCAGCUCCUGGCAUCUUGGAAAAUACAAUGGCAAGUAGAGCAAUAACAGCAGCCGAGGGUCUUCUAUCUCCGGCACAAGCAAUCUGAGUUCCAGUGCCAAAGGUGGCUCGUCAGCCCUGUCUCCACUAAAUCAAAAAUUAUCCAUCUGCUAAAGUCGCUCUCUGCUGUCCAUUGGAAGCAGCUAUCUGUAUGAGGGGGCAAUUUGCUUCUGUCCCCCAGCGUGCACGCAUUCACACACACAUCACCCAACCUUUUGCACUUGUGCUCGUCCUAGUUGUGGUAGGUGACAACGAGGUUAGACAAACAGACAGCAGCUCUCCGGGGACGAGGCCAGCGGCUACUGUGUCUGCGUGGGUUGUGGCUACUCCCCCUGCAUGCCGGCUCGGGAGGCUUGGCCUGGGCUACUCUUCCAAUCUGAGACGGACACUGGAACCAGAAGGGGACUCGAUUCCUCAUCUGGCAGGAAUUAAGGAGAAGCAACAGGAUUCCCUCAAAGAAGAGCCAACAAGGAAGAUGUUGCACAACAGUGCUCACAGGAGGGUCCUUGACAGAAGGGGAGACCCUAUGACUUUGUAGCAGAAAUCGAGGCAUCCUGAGUGGGUGGAGACAGUUCAGUCAGAGAGGACGUGGGGCCCUUGUCCAGGAUGAGUUACAGCAUACCCUCUGUACAUGAUUUGUACCGCAGCACCACUACCACCUCCGAACCAGACCCAGGGUCAACCAUGGACAGGGCUCUACCAGAAACUGCUACUGUAAGCCCUGAAACCACCAACUUUAACAGCAGCAAAAUUCCAGAUGUGGUCAGCAGUGGGCCCGGCCUGAGCACAAUGCUCCUCUCAUUUGGAAUCAUUACUGUGAUUGGGUUGGCUGUAGCAAUGGUUCUCUAUAUCAGAAAGAGGAAGAGGUUAGAGAAGCUGCGGCACCAGCUCAUGCCCAUGUACAAUUUCGACCCCACAGAAGAACAAGACGAGCUGGAACAAGAGCUGCUGGAGCAUGGAAGAGAUGCUGCAUCUUCUCAGGCCACCCAGAACAAGAUCCUCCUGACAAGCCAGGGAACCGUCCAGAGACCCAGCCGUCUUGUGUUCACAGAUGUCGCUAACACUAUCAAUGCAUGAACGACACUUGCCCCUGCUCUGGAUCACUCUGAGAUCAGGGAGAACGGAGCCAACCAGUUACAUACCACAAGCAUGGAUGAGGAUACUAAGCCUACUGAGCACCCCAUCAGUUUGUGCUGCGACUGGGGAGCAGUUCUGGGCAUUUACACACUUCAGGCAGCAAAUGCUUGGUGGUGAUUGGCUGCAGCAACUUUUGGUACGUCCAUCGCUACCAAAGGGCUCUGAGCUACCAUGCCCAGAUUUCAGGAGCGAUCCUGGUUAGUGCCGUCUUACCAAGCUGUGCAGGGAUGAAGAUAAACUGUCUUGAAGCUAAAUCGGUCAGAACGCAGGACCCUACCGAGUCAUGGGAUCGUGGUAGGGGUGGGAGCACUUGUUUUGAAGGGCUUUCCCAAUGAUUUUUUACCAUAACAUCUCACGAUUGGAGUCCUGCAGUGUAAUCUAAUGGUUUCCACAGAGCUUAGACAGCUGCCUGGAGGUGACUUAAGCCCCCUUGAGCUGGGAGGCAGGGCAGCUGUGCCUGCCUCCUUAGCAGUGCCCAUGAGCACAUGAUGUUAUCCCCGGGGCAAGCUCAUCUGUCUUGCCUCUUGUGCUGCCUAGAUUGUUCAGAAACACACUCACAGGGUAGCACUCAGGGUUUCUGCAGCAUGGGUGUUUCACUAGUUUUAAAGGUGAACCAAAGAGCUUUGGAGAAACAAAUUGAUUAAAUAAAUUUAAAGCGAGGAAAUGGUUUAAUGUCCCAGAUAAAUGAUGUAAUAAGAAUGUAGGGACAAGCCACUCAGCUCCUAGAAGCUGGGCCCUCUCAUCUCCCUCUGGCUUAGCCAGGAGUGGCAGUGAUUGGUGACCAGAUACCACAGAAUUAAUAUAAUAAAAAUAAAUGGGCUCGGAUAUACUCCCAUCCACUCCUGUGCUUCGGCCAAGGAAGAUGGUUUUUACAGAGUAAAGUUUUAUGAGGGAAGAACACUUAGAGUGAGUGAAAAUAUAUCAGAGGGGUAGCUGUGUUAGUCUGGAUCUGUAAAAGCAGCAAAGAGUCCUGUGGCACUUU